UCCGCCGCCCCCCCACCACCCAGAGCCCCUGGAAGAUCUGCCAUCUGAGUGCAGGGUGGGUUUUGCUCUUCUCUGGACCUGGGUCCGGCCAUACGUGUGGGGUCAGAGGCACUGUGGGAAUUGUAAACUUGUGCUAGAGAUCACCAGAUUUGCGCCCAGGGUCUCCUCCUGUCUGUUUGAUAUUUAUAGCUCAUUCUCCUCUCAGGGAUUACAACCAAGUACCGCCAUGCCUGUGGAAAAGCCUGUCUCUGUGAACAAGAGAAAAAAGCUCACCAAGAUCAUAACUGACUUGUCAAAUAUCUCUCAAGAUGAGUUUCAGUUGGAGCCAGAAGCAUCAGAGUUCGACCUGGGGAAAAAGAUCAAGACUCCCAGAGACAUCAUGCUUGAGGAGCUCUCACUGAUGAAGAACAAAGGCUCCAAGAUGUUCAAGCAGAGGAAAAUAAGAGUGGAGAGGUUCAUCUAUGAGAACAACCCCGAUGUCUUCACCAGUGACUCCAUGGACAGUUUCCAGAAGUUUGUUCCCUCCAUGGGUGGUCAGAUGGGAGGUCAAAUGAUAAACCUUGGUGGGGCCUUUGUGAGCAAACAGGCAGGACAUCUGCAUUACUCAGGGCUGCAGUUUGGAGAAGGAGGAGUUCCAGUACCUCCACCAAAGCCUGGAACCAAAGGUGCAGGAGGUGCAGGAGGAGCAGGAGGAGCAGGAGGUGCAGGAGGAUUGAGUGGAGGGGACCAGGGAAAAGGUGGGAUAGAUGGAAGCGGUAGUGAGUUGUCUUCACAAACAGGAGGAAAAGGUGAUGCAUCUAAGAAGCUGGGUGUUGGGAAGACAUACAUUUCACCAUGGGAGAAGGCCAUGAAGGGUGAUGAGGCCCUGUUAGCCACUCUGAAAGGUUACAUGCCUGGUCCCCUUGAAAGGAAGGAUAUGCCCAAGUACAGAUGCUUCAACAGGUACGCCCUGCCCUACGGUGGUUUCGAAAAGGCCAACCAGUUAAUGAAAUUCCAGCUGCCGGAAGCAUCCAAACAAGAGCCUGAGGACGCGGUUUACCAACAUGAAGUGGGCUGCCGGCCUUCCUUCAACCGCACUCCAAUUGGCUGGAUUGGCAGCGGUGAGCCCACCAGCAUUCACAUGGAGAAUGACGCCGUGGUCUUCGACGCUGAGACAGAAGAGCUGUGAAGGAAAUAAAAUGUCCGUUCUGCCAUAACACCCUCUGCACACACACACGCAAGCCUAACUGCAUGCAGAAAAAAUAAAGGAGAAAACUCUUACACUGACAUCUGAAAUCUUUCAUUAUGAACGACUGAAUGAGUAAAAGCAAUGUGGUCAUGUCCUUAUCCUGCUCUGUAUUUGGUUGAAUGGUAAUGAGACAGAGUUACAACUGACAGAGGGUUGAGUUAAAAAGUUAACGUGUCAAGUUCACAAGUGGAAUGAAGUGGAUUAUUAUUAGUGGGGAAGAAUGAAUCACGUAUGAAGGCCGGAUUUGUGCUGUGUUACUAUGGCCAUGCUGUCUUACUUUCACCUUGUUAUUAUUAUUAUUAUUAUUAUUUACUAUUAUGUUAUUAAUGGUGCCCUUUUUGUUGUUAAGAAUCUGUGUUCUUUUGGCCGAGCUAUGAAAAGGCUGUGAUCCUGGCUUAUUUGGGAUGCAUAAAAAGAGUUCUCUGCAAUAAAAACCAUGCAACAGUUUACCACGUAACCACCCUCUAGAAGAGUGAAUAAAAUGCUAGGGGAAA